GAAAAUAAAACAAAUAUAUAUAUAUUUUUUAAUUCUUACGUUUUUAAAUUGUUUAAUUGUGUAUUAUGCGUGUGUGUUUAUAUUUAAGUGUUUCUACUAACAACAAAACUGUAAAUAAUUAAAAUAUUAAUAAAAACUAAUAAACUUAAUUUUAAAAUAAUAAGAAAAAAAUUUUAAAUACUGGAUUUCAAACAAAGCCUAUUUGCUUAGAUUGGAUUACAUAUAAACUUUGGAUUAUAUUAACAAACAGCAGUUAGAAUUUCCUUGUUAAUUGGAAUUUUCCCUACAACUGAGCUAUAAAUAUCACUUACCAAGUUCCUUAUGGCGUCAGACGAGUAUUAUGUGUAAAUAGAUUUAAAAAAUGGGUCUGAAAAAAGAAUAUCUUCGUUAUGGCCGCUCAGCUAGAGAUCGUAUAUUUGGUUGGCUGGGGGUGCCACCACCAGCUGCAAAUGAUUUCAAUCGUAAUGUGGCCACAAAUUUGACAUCGGAUUCAACGGGCAGUGUAGUAGUGGUACCGUCGCAACAAACUACAGGCCAUGCGGGUACAACAUCAUCAUCAUCACGCACCCACAGUCGUUCACAUCCAUUUAUGCGGAGUAGAGCCACACCAUUGUCAAUGUUGAUAUCACAAGGAGCUAAACUUAGUAAUAAUAAACUAGCUGUGAUAAUUAUUGGUAUAAUUACAUUAAUUUUAGGAAUACUUUUAACCACCAUACCGUGGUUGGAUUAUUUUAUAUUAAAGAACUUAAGGCUGUGGAAUGAUACAUUAAGUUAUCACUAUUGGCAGAGACCCGGUGUGAUACGUUUAACUAAGGUCUACAUAUAUAAUGUCACAAAUCCUGAUGGUUUUUUACAGGGUGAAAAACCAAAAUUACAAGAGGUGGGACCUUUUGUUUACAGAGAGGACAUGCAAAAGGUGAAUGUCAAAUUUCAUGACAAUUUUACGGUGUCAUAUCAGCAUAAAAAAAUCUUAGAAUUUGUUCCUGAACUGAGUAUAGAUAAGAAUACACAAAUUAUAACACCUAAUAUACCUCUAUUGACUCUCACCAGUUUAAGUCCAAAAUUAGGUUAUGUACUCUCAAAAACGAUAUCUGUCAUACUAACAGCAGCAAAAUUUAAACCCUUUAUAAAUAUAACAGCAGAUCAGCUGGUAUUCGGUUAUGAUGAUCCACUAGUAUCGCUGGCACAUAAAUUUUAUCCAAAACAUUUAAGGCCGGGUGAAAGAAUGGGUUUAUUAUUGGCGCGUAAUGGCACUUUAUCGGAAGUAUCUACUAUUAAAACGGGUCAUAAUGAUAUGAAUGAAUUUGGUUAUAUAGAUCGUUUAAAUGGCUUGGAUCACUUGCCUCACUGGCAACAGCCGCCUUGUACAAGUAUAACCGGAUCGGAAGGUUCAUUUUUUCCACCACGCGAUAUAACAAAAUCAGAUAUGUUGUAUGUCUACGAUAAGGAUUUGUGUCGAGUCAUACCGUUACAAUAUCAAAAGGGUGUAACAAAAGAUGGUAUUGAUGCUGAUUUGUAUAAAUUACCGGAGACAUCUUAUGGUGAUGCUGAACAUCAUCCGGAAAAUCAAUGUUUCGAUACUAGAGAUUAUGAUGCUGUUAAGGGAUUACAAAACAUAAGUCCUUGCCAGUAUGGAGCGCCAGUGUAUCUAUCAAAUCCUCAUUUUUAUCAAGCCGAUAGCAGUUUAUUGGAAUCGGUAGAGGGUUUAAAUCCCAAUAGUUCAGAGCAUGAAACCUAUUUUAAAGUACAACCGAAACUUGGAGUACCUUUGGAGGGCAAAGUGCGCAUACAAUUGAAUCUGAAAGUCACUCAAGCACGUGAUGUUUAUCCGGUGAAGAACUUUCGCAGCUUUAUAUUUCCGGUCAUGUGGCUGGAAGAGGGCAUUUCCGAUUUAACACCCGCCAUCAGAAGAUGGAUUUAUGUAGCCACCGUUUUUGCUCCCACCAUAAUACCUAUUGCCUCCUACUUUAUGAUAGUGGGCGGAGCUUUUGCCAUAGUCUUUAUAUUCCUGCGUGCCUAUCAAAAUUAUGUGUUUGCUCGUGAUCCCACUCUAGAAAUACUCGAAAUGGGCAGACGCUCACUAAGGCGUGGCAGCAGCUUUAUUGCUCAUCAUCAGCACAAGUUUAUGCAUCGCGAGUCAUACACUUUACUCAAGGCAAUGCCCACGUCCUGUGUGGACGAUCGAGAAGAUGUUGUGCCUAUAAUGAAUACAAACAACGAUUCGUCAUAGUAUUUGUAAAUAUUAAAUUAACAUUUUAAGUUUAAGCCAAGCAUUUUAGAAUAGAUUUUUAAACAAAUUUUUGUUUUCCUAGCAAUUUAAGUGCAAUUUUUGUUAGACGAUAAUGUAAAAUCGGAAAUAGAAGCAGAAAAGAAGAAGAAGAAAAUCCUGUUGCAACAUAAAAAGUUGCACUAAAAAAAGAGACAACAACAAAUUGUGAUUUAAUUUUAAUUGAAUGUUUGAAUGAAGAACUAAUAUGAAUGUUAUAGUUACUUUGUAUGUUUUUUUAAAGAAUUAAUUUAUAAAUUUUCUUUAAUGAUUUUAAUUUUUAAGUUUUUUUUCUUUACUCAUGAAAUUAGUUUAGAAUGUGUUAGUUAUAACAAACCAUAUUUUGAAUUUCAUUACAAUUUUUUAUACCAAAAAUAUAAAAAUAAUUACAAAAAAAAUAAUCAAUUAUUUCGAGUUAACACAUUUUGCAAAUAUUGCAGUUAUAGUUUUUUUGUAAAGAAAAUUUCGUAACAAAACCAAAUCUUAUAUUUAAAUGCCAUUCAUUUUUAAUUCUAACUCUAUUAACAUUAAUUUAGUUAUUUAUUGUUUCCCCCCAAUAGCAGAUUACGUUUCACUGUUAACCAUUUGGAACCAUUUUGGGUCUAUCGUUCA